UUGCUUCAUUUAUUGUUUAUAUUUUUAAAAUCUAAAAGUACUGCUUAAACGCACAUUACUGUACAAAACAGUAUCUAUGAAUCAUCAUCAUUAUUAUUUAGUAUUAUUCCUCUGUAGUGGAAACAGCUGAACACUUACACUUUCGCCCCAGGCGCUGUGAUGUCACUGCUGGCGGCGGAGCAGCUGAGAGACACCUUAUCGCCGUCCUCAUGUGAAGUUACCGCGAUAUGUUAACUGAUCCUCAUGAGUGGCAUCGCAUGGACUGCACUUUAACAUUGUUAAACAAGUUGCCAGUAAUACCGAAAUCCGUGUAAAACACCAGGGCAGAAAAUGCUACGAAAGGAGACAUCCUGCUGCUACCAAGAGUUUAAUGAUGAGGAUUGUGCACGAGUGUCUGCAUCCUACCAGCACAAUGGAGAUGCUGACCAGGAUCAAGAUGAAACCAACUGUGAUGUCUUACCAGAUGUGGAUGUUAUGGACAGCAGUCCACACUCUACUGCCUUCAACAAAGCUUGUUUGAAAAAUGUCUUCACAGUCAUUCUUGUUCUCAUCUACCUUCUGCUAACAACAGUGGCUGUAUUUUUGGCCUACCAAACCAUAUCGGACUUCUUGGAGAAGCUCAAUCAUCCUGUAAUGUCUGUGUCAUACAAAGAGGUUGAGGAGUUUGCUCCCCCAGGAAUUGCACUGUAUCCAGGGAAAGCUCGGUUAUUAAGCUGCCGGCACCACUACCACGAUUAUAUUCCCUCCCGUUUAUUGACAGGGCAGAUGGAGGACAGUGACUGUGUAAUACAGAACGUUAUUUAUAAUGACCCAUACACAAACCAUACAAAACAAGCCCUGGUGGUUGAAGGUCCAACAGAUGUCAGGAACCGAGAGCUCAUAUUCCUACAGUUCAGUCAGAAUGAAACUGAAGAGGACUUCAGUGCCAUCAGUUACAUGCUGUUUGCCCAGUUCAGUGAUCUGGUUAAAAGCUCAGAUAAAGCUGUAUUCAUGAGGGACUGUGAGAAAAACUACUCAAUGUGGACUUUCUCUGGUGGCUUUCGUACCUGGGUCAAAAUGUCUUUGGUACGGACAUCUGGGAAAGGAAACGAAUCUGUCGAAUUCAGGCAAGAGUCAAGUGUGGUGAAGUACAAUGACAAGAGGCCUCCACAAAACCAAACUGAUGAGCUUUUCUUUAUUGUCUUUCAAUGGCGAGAUCCAUUUAUACAACAAGUCAAAGAUAUCGUCACAGCAAACCCAUGGAACACCAUAGCCAUUCUGUGUGGGGUCUUGAUGGCUCUUUUUAAAGCGGCCAACUUUACCAAGCUGAGCAUUAAGUGGAUGAUCAAAAUUCGCAAAAGACACUUAAGAGCAAAAAUUAGGGAAAUGAACCAAAUUAGCUGACUGACGAUUAAUAGCUGUCUAUUGUCCAACGAUCACUAUUCACUUUCAAUACUUUCAAAGGGAUUUUAAUGUUAAUGAGAACAUUUUAGUUUUUAUAACUAAUUUCAACAUAACAGUGAAUUAUUAUUUUUAUUGAAUCAGUAUUUUAUUACUUGACAUUUCAGAAUGACUACUGACAUUAUUUUGAAUAUUAAUACUAAAGUUCUUUGCACAAGGGCUGGAUGAGAGUAUAUCAAACUGGCUUUGGCAAUGUAGAGAAUCUUUUACAAUUCUUCUCCAGUCUCUUCUCGGAAACAUUGAUGCUAGAUGCUGCGUCAUCUUAUUUCAGUCGUCUAUGCAGCAAAUAGAACAUGGAUUUAGGGCUGGAUCUCUGAAAGCAAAGAAUCUGUUGUUAUUAUUAGUGUGUCACUGUUGUCAAGAUUAUUGUGACUCUCACUGUUAUUUGUGACCAAAUCCAGUUGCAACAUAAUUUGAAAUGUGCUCGGAGAGCUGCUUGAUUUUAAACAAUGAGAAAGGGAAAAUGUAUUAUGUUUCUGUUUUGUCUGUUACUAUUUCUGUACUUGUGUGACUGUCCAUUUUAAAACAGCAAACAUUUCUUUGGCUGACAUACGUUAUUUGCUCAGUGACAAACAAAGAUGUUCCUGUGACAUGUAAAGAGUACUUAUGUAAGUCCAUGCAAUCCUUUGAACACACACAAUGUUGAAUUUACAAUUUGUAUUAAGACAAUAUGGAUUUGUGCACAUUCUUUCAUUCAACAGUAAAUAAGAGAAAGGAAAACUUAA